GCGCCCCGCCCCGUCUGCGCGCGGAGCCUGACUCCGCCCAGAGCGCGACUCUGACUUGCAGGACCUUUCUUGGUGGCCAAGACUGGGUGCCCUCUCCGCGGAGGGGCUCCCGGCGCUGUGGGCUCCCGGUCCGGGGGCGUCCUGAUGCCAGGCAGGAUGGAAGGCGGUGAGGGGCACGGGAUCUGCGCGCGGAAACCCUGGGCGCAAAGUCCCACUUCCCAGCUAGUGUUCCCACUUAGUUCUUGUCUUGGUCUACGGCUCUUUCCAAGCCUCCGUUUCCCCAUCUGUAGAGCCGGAGUAAAUAGCGUCCUCCCAGCAGAGUUGGGAUGGGAAUUAAACGAGGUGCCGCGCGCUCCGCGGAGCGUUCGGGCAAGCGGGCGCCCUCGCACUGAGGGCAGGACCCCGCGGCCGCAUCGCCGGCAAAGUCACGCGACUCGCCAGCUGUGGGCUCAACCCCGCUUCCUGCCGCCGCCUUUCUCCCCGAAGCUGGCUUGGGCGCCUCCCGCGCGGGCACUGGGGUUGCUCGGCCCUCCGCCCGGUCCAGCACCCCGAGGUGCCCGCGCUCCCGGAGCUGGGCGGGGCGCAGCCCACGUGACCCAGCGGGCAGCACCCGGACCUCCCCGCUGCCCGCCAGGCCCAGGCAGUCCAGAGCUCCUGCCCUGUGCCUUGCGCCCUGCUGCCCCCGUGCGCCCCGACCAGACGCCCAGGUUCAUCUAAAGCAGGGCCCGCACGGCCAGGGAAAGAGUUGGUGUGAGCCUGACGAGGAGCCACGAUGGGGAAAAAGCUGGACCUUUCCAAGCUCACGGAUGAAGAGGCCAAGCACGUCUGGGAAGUGGUGCAGCGGGACUUUGAGCUGAGGCGGAAAGAAGAGGAGAGACUGGAGGGCCUGAAGGGCAAGGUGAAGAAGGAGAGCUCCCAGAGGGAGCUGGUUUCCGACGCGGCCCUCCUGAGCGACACCCACUGUGCCCACUGCCUGCAGCCCUACCGGCUCCUGGAGGCCCCCAAACGGCAGUGCCUGGACUGCCGCCUCUUCACCUGCCAAGGCUGCAGCCACGCCCACCCCGAGGAGGAGGGCUGGCUCUGCCACCCCUGUCACCUGGCCAGAGUCGUGAAGAUGGGCUCCCUGGAGUGGUACUACGGGCACGUGAGGGCCCGCUUCAAGCGCUUCGGAAGUGCCAAAGUGAUCCGGUCCCUCUGCGGGCGGCUGCCAGGGGGAGGUUUGUCUGGCAGAACACAAAGCUCCCCCGAUGUCCACAGUGGGCCUGAGCCAAGCCCGGGAGAGAGAAGUAGAGACAGUGAGCAUUCCGAUACGGAUGGAGAGCUGGAUACAGGGGCUCAGACCCAUCCCCUUGGCAGCAAACCUGUGCCCGCCAAGAAAAAGCGCCUCCUCCCCAUUCACAGCCUGGACUUCGAGGCCGACUCUGACGACUCCGCGGGGUGUUGCAGUCACCCCCCGAGCCUGUCCUCAGUCCCACCCGCCCCGGACAGCCUGCAGGCCCUCACAGGUGAGCCCUGCGUGGAGGAGGCCGCCUCCCAGGAGGCCAUGGUCCUGCAGGAGGCUGAUGCCAGGGCCUCUGGGUGCCACCCCCACCCAGAAGAGCAGACAGACAGCCUCUCCCCUGCCGGAUGGGAUGCCCGCGCUGAGCUCUGCCUGCCAGGAGAGUCCUGCCCAGCAGCCCCGGGGAUCGCUGCCACUCCUGGGGCGAGCGUCGUCAGGAACGAGCAGCUCCCCUCGCAGUGCCUGGCCGACGUGGACACCUCGGAUGAAGACAGCGUGCGGGCCCACAGGGCAGCCUCCCACCUCUCCACUCAGAGCGGCCGGACCUCACCUGCGAGCCAGGGUCCCGGUGCCAGCGAGCCCACGGAGGCGGACGUGGAGGAGGAGACCCUGAAGAGAAAGCUGGAGGAGCUGACCAGCAAUGUCAGUGACCAGGGGGCCUCGUCCGAGGAGGAGGGCAAGGACAAAGGGGCGGAGCUGGACAGGAGCACUUCCUUGGAGGACCUCCCCCGGAUGACCCCAGAGGUGUGCACGUCUGCAGGCCAAACACACAGAUGGGAAAAGAGCCCCCCCGGCCCCCAGGGCCCCAUGCAGACCGCCAGGACCCCGGACGAGGCGCUGUCGCAGCUGGAGGACAGGGUGGCCGUGACGGCCUCUGAGGUUCAGCAGACGGAGAGCGAGGUGUCAGAAAUCGAGGCCAGGAUCGCAGCCUUGCGGGCUGCAGGGCUCACGGUGAGGCCCUCAGGGAAGCCCCGGAGGAGGUCUAAGCUCCCGGUAUUUCUGCCCCGACUUGCUGGGAAAUUGGGCCAGAGUCCCGAGGACCCACCUGCAGACCCUGCCGAUGGGGCCGAGGUGACGGCGGGGCCCUACCUUCUGAGGAGGAAGUUCGGCAAUUCCCCUGAAAGUCAAGGCAAAGAUGACGAGUCCUUUGAUCGGAAAUCUGUGUACCGCGGCUCCCUGACACAGAGAAACCCCAACGGCAGGAGGGGCACCGCCCACCACAGCUUUUCGAGGAGGACAUGGAGCCCUUGGUGCGAGGCAGUGCCCUGGAGCUGCUGCUGUGAUUUCUAUACUCUUGCAGUGAUGUUGGGUGAGCUUCAACCUGGCACUCUCAGUGGGUAUCUUGUCCAGUUCACAUGGUACCCAAAAGAGGAAGAUGGAGAAGUGAUGCCCAAGGGCCUUUGAUGAUGAGCCCCACCCACAGCUGCACAGAUUCCACCCUGAGCCAUUGUCAGGUCACCACAGGGGUUGCGUCCUGGACAGCGCCCGGUGCAAAGGCAGCCUCCAGGGGACGGAAGGAGCCAGCCUCGGGCUAUGCUGGGAUUGGUGGCCCCUUCUCAGAACGGAGGCUGGUUAAAGGGCGUUGCUCCCAAGUCAAUGCUACAAAUGAUUAAAAGGGUUCUUGUAAGUGAAAAGGGAGGCCGUCCUUUAUUCACAAAGUAAACUAAAGUCAAAGUGAGCUCCUAGGAGUCAAAGAAGAUGCAGUUCUGGCUGCCCUCUAUGUCCCUGCGUGUUCCUACAACAGGAUAGGGGGUGCUGUGCCCCAGAACCUGCUCAUGGCCACCUGUGCUCUGUUCACACUGUGUUUGGUCCAUGACCAAGGUCUCCCUAAGGAGCUACUAAUGCACAGAGCAGUCGCAUGGUCAUCCCUCCAGCUCUUCCAACACCUGCCACCACGGAACUCAUCCAUUCUCCCAUCCACAGAGCUCCCAUCCGAGCCACCCAGCCCUGGAGCCAGAAACCCCAGGCCCCAGACCCUAACCCUGCCCCUCAUCAGACCACACUCUAUCCUCUGUGUCUCCCAGACCACUCCAGACUUCUCGACUCCCCUCAGUCACCUCAUGACUUUUUCCAACAGGAACAAUCUCUUGCUUCCCUGGGAUAAACCUUACUUUGUCAAGAUAAUUAGGUUUUUAGUACAUUGCUGAAUUUAUUUCUUUAAUAUUUUAUUUAAAGGGGGUGGGGGAGGUAGAAGAGGGUAAAGAGAAUAAAUGGUGAUAGAAGAAAAAAUAUUUUAUUUAGGGUUUUUUUCCUCAACUGAUACCUUUAAUUUUUCAUCUCCCACUGCCUACAGACACCCACUGGUGAAGGCCCAAAGUGGUAGGGCACCAAUGCCACUCUGUGACAAAGCUACUUUGCUGAAAGGGGUUACUGUCCCCCCUACACACACAGGCACACGUGUAUGUACACACAGGCUUAUGUGUGCCCACACACUUGUACUGGCACACGUGCACACAUACACAUGUGCACACACAUGCUCCCGUGGUGAUGCCCAGGCAGCUGCCUCCAGGUGGCCCUGACUGCGCACACAUCUGUGGGGACCACCCAGAGGGCCCGCCUCCAAGACAGGAGCACAUCUCCUGACAGCGGCCCUUCGCCACGAUUCGUAAGAAACACCCCUGAGCACAUGGCCACCACUACCCCUGAGACUCCCCCAGUUCUGAUGGAAUCCACCCCCAGUGACCUCACCUUGCAGCCACCAUCACAGCCCUGCACCCACCCUCCACUGCCCAGCCCCCAGUCACUUGCCCCCUCACCAGUGCUCACAGACCUCAGAUCCGCAGGGAGCCUGCUGGUCACCAGGAAUGGGCAGCCAAUUCCCAGAGGGGAAGGUACAGCCCUGAAGAAUUUCUGAGAAGUGAUGGUCAUAUGACAUGUCCUAUCACAAGCCUACAUGCCUGAGGGGGCCACCCAUGUCUCCUCCCCCAGGACAGGCUCCCUGACACUGCACUCAACAGCACUUAGUGACCUUUGACAUAAUCUAAUUAUUCAGAACACAAAUGAGUUAGGUGUCUAGGUCCAACUUAAAUGGUAGAAUAUUGUCAGUUAUUUCAACUCGAGGACAUAACUGUUAAAUGAAAAGAGUGAGACUCAAAAACAUAUAAAUAUGAUGAACUGACCCAGAAAAGAUGUGGGAAACCAAUAGAAGGAAGCACAUCACCUGUGAAAACGAUCCGCUUCUUUGAUUUUAUUGUGCUUUCUUUCUGUGUGUGUUUUUCUAUUUUUCUACACGUGUUCAUUUCUUUCCAGAGGUGUAUAAAUUGCUUUUACAAUAAAAUUCAACAUUUUGUUUCCUGAUAUUAAUAAACUUGCCCAUUGAAAACAUUAAUGAUGAAGACUUGUAAAAGCCUAGAGAGGAACCGAUCUUAAG